GCGGGGCCGCAGGGUCCGCGGCCCCUGCCCCGGGAAAGCACCGUGGAAGAAGCGCCGGGCCUCCCCUCUGCCGGGGGCGGCCGCUCUCCCGGGCAGCCGCGCCGGUGUCUCCCAGAUGUGCCGGCGGCGCCUGUUCGGGAGCACGGAGCCUCGCGGGCCUGAGCCUGCCUGCCUGCAGAAAAAGUUCAGUGGGAAAAAUCUACCAAAAAUUAAAGAAAACGUUGAAUAUACUGAAGAGAGCUCUUCAUGCAAGCAAAGUAAUCAGGUGACUGUCAGAGAAACAACAGAUUUCAAGAUAAAAGAAAAGGAACAAGAAGAAAGAAGUGUACCACUGAAGGAAUCCAAAAUAAUCAACUUUGAAAGUAAAGGAUGUUUGAAAAACGCUGAAGUGACGUCAAGUACAGAAAUUACUCUUCCCACAGGUGUUUCCACCUUUCUGAUAGAUUGUUUAGAUGAAGAUUCAGCUGCAGAUUAUAGCACUGCUAGCAACAGCCUGAAGACUUAUUCAUCCCCUGAAACAUUCAGAAAUGACAGCCUGAAGACUUAUUCAUCCCCUGAAGCAUUCAGAGAUGAUGAUUUGGAAAGAGGCAAUUUUUACUCCAUGGACCUUGGCAAGUACAAGAACUCUACUCUCCUGGACUCCAGCAAAGCAGUGACCAUAGAUAAGAUACCACAGAUCUCAAAUCUUUCAGCAAUAUUAGAACCUGUACCAGAGGAUUUUCCAGACCGAUGCGUGGCAAGAAAGAGAUCAUCAAAUUGCUAUUACAGUUCUUCAGCAGUAAGCAUUUCAACUACACUGGCAGGAAAAAAACUCUGUAAAAUAACAGCUGCAAGAGAGAGAACUCCAGACCUAAAAAGUGGUAUGCACUGUUCUUCACCAUUAGGACCGGAAAGCAAGCAUGAUAAACAAACAGCUAAAACCAAAAGGCGGAAGAAAGGAAAAAGCAGUUUUAAUUCCUUAGAAGAAGGUUCAUCAAUGUUUAGGCAGCUUGAUGCUCCAGAAGACACGUCAGUCAGAUCAAAGGGGUUGACAGCAGAAGUUCUGCCAACCAAAUGCACAGAUGCUGUGGAGCAAAUGACUUCCACCAUGCUAAUCAUGGAGGAAAACAAAGUCCUAAAAAAUCCUGGUAAUGCUCAGCCUCUAGAGCUAGAUUUUAGCUUGUCGCCGGUGUAUAAAGCCUCACCUGGGGAAGACCUGUUCCUGAAUACCACAGGUCCAUUUGUAAAUUCAGAAGAAAUUGGUCCUGUGUCUCUGAGCUCAGAAAAAGAAAUUAUUCCUCAAAGUCCAGAAGAAAAGAAUAUUUUAAAGCCUCUGUGUGACAGACAAGAAAUCUGCUCCAUUGUUAGAAUGUCACCAGGCCAGAGGCCUUCCCAGCUCCAGCAAGUUCCAAUUAACUGGAAAGAGUUCUGCCUUCCCAAAGGAGUACCUGAAGAUACUAUUACAAGUACCAAAAAUUGGAUCUACUGUAAACAAAGAUGAGAUUUUUGGCUGUCAGCAGGAGUUCACAGAAGAAAUGACCGUCUUGCUGCUGUGGCAGGGUGGUAAAACAGAACUCCUAACUAGUGAAUAAUGGUUGUAUUUUUUUUUUUUAUGUAUGUUGUUUGAAAUUUAGUAUUACAUGUUUCAGUAAGCUAGUAAAUACUCAAAUACUUUAUAUUAAAUUAUUUUGUACAGCAGCUAGAUCCUGUUCUGGGCAUUAUUCUGUAAGGAUUCCAUAAAGAUGAUUCUUCAGUUUGUUUAGAUUUUUAAAAAGUGUGACUGAAGACCAGCAGACCAAAUUGCUUUAAUAGAAUUACUUUUGUCUCUCUCUCUGCCAAGAUUUCUUGUUUCCUCUAGUAGCAUUAGCAUCUACAGAUGUUAACUCUUUAAGUGUUAAUAUUGGCUAUGAAGGUAACUGCAUAUCCUAGAAGUGACUAUGAAAGCAUUCAUGUACUCUUGGGGACCCAGAAGUCAAUGUAUGUCACCACUGAACUCCUUGAAUGCUUAGAUCUACAGAACUUUGGAGGUACAGAACUGUGUGUUCUGCUGUAAUUUGAUUUCUGAACAUGAAUGCAGGUCACCUUCACCCCAUCAUCACUCUGAAUUGGCUCCUAAUGAUCAGCACUGUCACCAUUCUGGGCACAUCCACUGCCCAGCCAUUGCCAUUUCAGAGUCCUUCUUGUUUCAUCUCAGGUAUGUUGUAAUACCACAUCUCUCGGUCAUUGUUUCUUCUAGUGGCUUCAGACUUAGAUAAAGUAAAUGCCUUACAUGAAUGCCCACAAUGGUGGGAAAAACCCUUUAAUAGCUGAACUGUUUGAUGAGAUGCAUAUUGACAUUCUGGAAUUUCAGGUUACUGCUCACACUGUGUCCACACAAGUCAAAUUCCCAGGGCUUCCUGUUCAGCUUGUGGAUUGUUAAUUCAUAAAUGUUGUUCUUAAUGUGCUGAAUGUCUCAGAAAACAUUGUCAAAACCACAUUUUUUUCCACUAGAAUUCAUUACACAUUAAAGUAAUUUGGACUCCUACAGUGUUCUUACUACAAUCCUUUACUCAGAUUUUAUCUGAACAAAAAGGAAAUUUUUCAAUGUUUCAGAAUGCUGGUAUGGCUUUCAAAAGUCUGAGUUUGUUUCUCAGUGUUAUCAGCCUGGAAAAUAGUUUUGUAUUUCCAAAAAGAGCAUGACAGGAAGACAUACAAAAUCCACAACUGUAGUUUGCAUUUGAAAAUACCUGUGAAAGUUCAAACCCUGAUCUUUUCUCCAUUGCUCUGGGGUAGAAGGAAGUGCAAAUAAUUGCUGCUGGAUUAGUUUGUGAACAAGUAUUAUAUAAACAUUCUAAAUGGCUCACGGUUAAAAAUUAUGCCAUUAAGCUAUUUUUCUUUUAAGCAUUAGUAGAAUGAGUUCUGCCAAUAACUCCUUGGAGUCCUGUCAGGUAUGCUUUUAAUUAUCAAUAUCCUUGUUCUUGCAAGUCUACUAAAGUCACUAGUAAUUAUGCGAGAAUCUAGAGCCCCUAGGAGACAGAGGUGAGCUCCUUGAUGUAGCUUUAAGCAAAAUUGAAGGUUACAUAUUUAGUAAGUUGUGCUCAUGAUGAUUAUUCAAGUAAAAGAUGGUCCAGAAUAAAGAUAUGUUUAUUGUAAGGGUAUUCUGGAAGUCACAGGAAAAAAACACUUAUUUUGCCCGAGGCCAUUUGGUAGUGUUAUACAAAGAGACUAAUAUUGUUAAACUAAUUGGAAAGUACAAGAGAGGAAAAUGGUCUGUAACUGUGGAAUUGACUGUAGCAGCCUAAAUGUUGCUGGGGUUUGCUUUUAUUUUUCUUGAUGUGAUGAGGCUGUAUAGGAGGACAGAAAUACCAUGAACCACAAUCUCUUGUCCUUCCCUUCAGUUAUGAAAGCACCACUUCUUAUCAUCUUUUGUCUGACUCUUAGAGAAAGUGUAAUUAAUUGCCAGGCUAGCUCUUUGCCCCGGGGAAGGAAAUUCAUUUUGAGGCUGCAACAAUCUGUACUCUUGUUCUGCUGUUCUCAAAGGAAAGACAUUUUCCUAUAGUUUGGUUUUCAGCUGAAAAAUUGCUACAUAAAAUUUCAUUCAGAGUGGAAACUGGCUUUUCCUUAUUGGUAGAUAAAGGUUAUGGGUCAUGGCCAAUUAAUGGGUAGGUCAGAGGAGGUUAUUUGUGCAGUAAUUCAGGAGAAGAAUCUGUUCAGUGUCACUAGGGCUGCUCUGUCACACCCCAGACAUGAUGAAAUCUUAAUGGCUUGACUGGAAUUGCUUCCAGCAAGUCAGUCCAUGCAAGAACUCUGAUAAUUCUUUAUCAGCAGGAAUAGUGCAUGGAAGAUGCAUGUUGAAUAAAUAUACUAUAUAAAUCUGGAAGAGGUUUCUCAUUAACACUGUUCAGUUAUUCUUGUUACCUGAAGUGCACUUCUAUGAGACUAACUCCAAGUACUCAGAGAUGGAGGGAGGUGUUUCUUGUACUGGAGAUGUAAAAAGGUACAUGUAGAGGCCGGUGGAGGGUAAACCCUUACAUGCAAAUGGUUCUGGCUUUGUUCAUAGCCUUUAGACACAGAAGAGAGAUGUCUGGGGCCCAAAUCAAAAUAUGCUGAAUGUACACAUAAAUUCAUUAUAUUUAAAGGGACUUCAUCAGCUUGAAUUGUAAUGCACUUGAGCUUAGCUAAGUCUUCUUUGCUCUAAGUUGUGAAACUACUGAAAGCUGAGUUAUAUAUCCUGGCCAAAAUUCUAUCAUUUUGUUUUGUUCCCUGAGGACUUUUCAUCUUUGAGACAUUUUAUAUCUGAGAUUUAUGUAUUUAUGUACUCCUCUUGAAGCCAGGAGGCUUCCACGUGGUGAAAGGAUGUAAAGGUUGGUCAUCUAUAAAUCCGUGGCAGACACGUGUCUUCUGGAUAGAACAAGGGGGAAAAGAUGCAUCUAAACAUUAAUUCCUGUUUUGUGUUAGAAUUGUCUACAACUUCUGGUAGAUGGAAAACGAAGUUCCUACAGAUGGGUGAUUGUGAAGAAUCAUUAUGUAGAUGUUACACAUGCACUAAGUUAUGCCUUUGAAAUAAUCUGCUUAAUUUAAUCUUACGUCAUAUAUUGUUUUAGCUUAAUUCCAUUUUCUAGGGAAAGCAGAUGAGUCAGUCAGUUUUGUCAGUCCUUAAUUAAACUUUCCUAGCAGGGUUGCAUCUGAACAGUGAGACACUGAAGGAGUUGUUUAACUGUUACCAGGGUUUCUGUUCCACUUAAGUAUUACUAAUAAAGAGUUUUAUAAAAAGG